UUUCCCCCCGUUACAGCCCGGUGGAGGUUUAUCUCCGCUCGGCCUCCUCUCCCGGCCUCCCUCCCAUCAUGUCCGGAUCCAGCGGCACCGGCAGCGGCGGCGGAGCGGCCCGGGACCGCAUCGGCUACAUCACCCGCGUCCAGAGCUUCAGCGCCUGCCACCGGCUCCACAGCAUCCAAUUGAGUGAUGAGGAGAAUAAACAAAUUUUCGGAAAGUGUAACAAUCCCAACGGACACGGACACAACUACAAAGUGGAAGUAACCGUGCGUGGAAAGAUCGACAGCGUUACCGGGAUGGUCAUGAACCUGACGGACAUAAAGAGACAUAUUGAGGAAGUCAUCAUGGUUCCUCUGGACCAUAAAAACCUUGAUAAAGACGUUCCUUACUUUGCUACAGUUGUCAGCACCACAGAGAACCUGGCCGUGUACAUAUGGGACAACAUGGCGAAGGUUUUGCCCCCCGACACUCUCUACGAGAUCAAGAUUCAUGAGACUGAUAAGAACGUCAUUGUUUAUCGAGGGGAGUAGACGCCGACGGCGUUUCCGUUUGCUUUGGCCGCCGUUAAAGUGCCAUUAAUGCCGCUUUAUUUAACAGCACUGUUUGCCUCCAGAUGGCUGCAGUUCGUCAAACUGCCACACGGUGAAUGAAAGCAUGUCGGUCUGUGUCCUUCCACUGCCAGGAGGUGAGCAGAAAGAUGGCCCAAAUGAAGACUGGCAAUCGGACCUAUUAGAAAUGAAGAUAAAUGACAUUCCUAGAAUUGGCGCGUCGGGUGCAGUUUGACUUCAGACUCUCCCAAUCUGUAAUGUUUGGACAGCCGGGCUGCAGCGCUUCCUGGAUGGAACUGGCCUAGAGCCAACAGAGCAGCGAUCAAUAACCCAGACCUGAGUCCCAGUCUUUACUGAUCCAGCUGAAUGGUUGAACAGAAGGGUAAACGAGAAUCCCUCAAACUUCAUCUGCCACAGAAAAUUAAAUGUGGCCUGUCACGUUUUUCUCACUGAACAGUUUGAGAAAGACGGAAUGAAACUCCACCAACAUGUCCACCCUAAACAACAGCUUUCAGUCUAACUUUGAAAACACUACAAAAUCAAUAAGUGAGGGGGGAUAAAUAAGGUUCAAGCUGGAAAGCAGGCUUGACUCUUGACUCUAAUUGGGCCAAUACGGUGUCAACAAUGAAUUUUGGAGCAAUCAGACAUAAAAACAACCAGAUCCAGCGUAGCCUGAAGACAUGGUGUCGGCCAUUGAUGAUUCACCCGUUUUAUUAACCAUUCAGCUGGAGUCAGCAACAACAACGACAGCUGCCAGUCACCUCCACCCAGUGAACCUGCUGACUGCCUGGGAAAAAAAAAAAAAAAACUAUUUGGGUGUGAUGAGUCCAAAUAUGUUAUCUCCUAAAUAACUUCUGUGAUGAGCCCAUGCAAACUCUUUGUAUUUAACUGUUUAACUUCCUGAUCUGAAGAGGUUCUUUUCAACAAGCACACUUUUAAUAGUGUGUAAAACGGUCAGAAGUGGCACUGGUGAAGAUGAAAACUUCCCUCAUGUUGCAUUUUCUCAGUCUGUCUCAGUACAAGACUGAUGACGUUCUUCUUCAGUUGUGUGAACGCUGUUUGAAUGUUAACGGGACCAAAGUUACAUGUUCUCCUGAAGGAUGCUGAUCUCCAGUGGUUGCACUUUCCUCAACUUGUAGACAAAAUUGUAAGUAAAUUUCAUAAAAUAAAGCUUUUUUUUGACAACG